AUGACUGGUCCGAACUAUACCGCAGUCGUCCUUGAUCUGGGCCGAGUGCUCGUCCAUUAUACGACCAAAAACACGGUUGGCCUGUCGUCAAGCCAGAUUGCCAGCGCUCUAGACUCACCUGGCUGGCAUGACUACGAACGGGGUAAAAUGUCCGAGCAAGAGGCUUACGAUAAGGUCACGAGAGACUUCAACAUUGAUCUGGAGACCUGGACACAGGCUCUGGAGCAGAUGAGGGAUGGCAUGAAGGCCAACCUGUCCCUUAUAUCUGCCAUCAAGGACCUUAAGCAUACUUACCCGAUCAUGAAAGUCUUUUGUCUGUCCAACAUCCCAAGACCUGAAGUUGAGCUUCUGAAAGAUGAGAUCGAGAGUUGGGGAAUUGUCGAUCAGUUCUCUGCAUCGUCAGAUCUGGGAGAGCGAAAGCCAGACCUGGCGAUUUACAAAAAGUUCUUGAAGCAAGUGCAGGCACCUGCAUCAUCAUGCAUUUUUGUUGACGAUAAGGUUGAGGACGUGACUACGGCUCAGGCACUCGGCUUCAAAGGUAUCGUCUUCAAAGACAACGAUUCAUUGGUCAGAGUCCUGAACAACGCACUUGGCGAUCCUGUAUCCCGAGCCCAGAGGUUUCUAAGCCAUAAUGCAAAGAAGAUGUUCUGCACACUGAGUACAGGACAGGUGCAGCCUGACAAUUACUCGCAGUUGGUGAUUCUACAAAACACAGGAGAUUCGGGUUUGGUUGUCCUAGAAAACGAGCGAUAUACUUGGAAUUACUUCCAGGGAACGCCAACAUUUGGUGGGACGACUUAUCCUGACGACUCAGACACCACGUCACUAGCCAUGACAAUCUUGGAGUCAAUCCCGAUGGCUGACAAGGUUCAAGCAAGAGAUAAAAUCCUCUCAAAUCUAAGCCCUGAUGGACUCCCAUACUGCUGGUUCAGCAAGACUAGACCUCGUUUCUGCCACUGUAUAUGCGCGACCGUCUUUCGCUUUUUUGUCGUCAAUGACUGGCAAGACAAGCUUCCCGGGGUUUACGACUUUCUCUGCCAGCUCCUCGAAACAAGGGCCUACCUCCAUGGCAGCCGGUACUACGAAAGUCCAGAUUGGCUGCUUUACAUUCUCUCUGAUCUUUGCCGCCGUCGGCCCUCAGACCCGAACCUUGGAAAGAUGCGAGAACUGCUGGACAUAUGUAUACAAGAGCGGAUGGGCUGCGAUCGAAACGUCCUCAGCGCUGCGAUGAGAGUUUUGAGUGCUCAGUCUUUGGGCUUGAAGAAUAAUAGAGAUCUUGAGACUGUGCUUGAAGCUCAGCAGGUCGAUGGCGGAUGGGAGCUGGCGUGGCUGUGGGGAUACGGUUCGAAACCGCUCAAGAUUGGGAGCCGAGGUGUUGUUACGGCUAUGGCUAUGAAUGCGAUUCGGCAUGCACAGGCAUAA